UUUCACUCUCUUGGGUUAUUAGCUGAAAGUGUAGAUAAAUAAACAAAAUAAGAUAAAAAUUGGAUAAAUUAUUUUUUGAAACUCUUACAACCAGAAUGAGAUAAAAGGGAUCAUAUUGACGUUUGCUAGACAGAUAUAGUAACUAUGUCGGCUCCAUCGGAACAAGGAGAUGGAUUUCAAGAGGUACCGCAGGGAGGAAUGAUGGGUUCUGAUAGCACUGGACCAAAUCUGGACCAGGAACUUGCACGGAAGGUUGCACUGCAGACUCAAAUGCUAGAGCAAGAGCGCCAGCGGGAAGCCCUGGAAUACCAGCAGUCUUUGCUGCUUCAGCAGCAGCAGCAGCAGAUGACUUCCACACAGCCUGUGCCACCACCACCACCACCCCCACAGCCCACUGAUCUCAUGCUGAAAGCUCUUCAGCAGCAGCAGAUGAUUGAGGCAGAAAAACAGCGAGAGGCUCAGCAGAAGCUGAUGCAACAGCAACAGAUUGCUUUAAUGGAAGCACAGCGCACAGAGCACCAGAAACGAAUGAUGAUGGAGCAACAACAGCAGUGUCCCCCUCCACCACCUAUGCUUCACUCGGGAAUGAGUGCUGCUCCACCUUUGCCACCAAACUCCAUGGUCACAGGGGUGCCACCUAGGAUGCAUGGACCACCCCAAAUGCACACUGCAAUGCCCACUGGGCAGCCCCCCAUGCCAGGGCAGGUUCCCCUACCUCCUCCAUCUCACAUACUACCUCCAGGUCAAGUGCCAGCCGCUCCAGUUUCUUCCCAGCAGCAUAUGGUGCUCCCACAGAUGGUCCAGGCAAUGCCAGGACAUAUUCCAGUUCCUGCCAGCCAAAGCCAUCCAGGACAGAUGCUACCACAAAUGAUGCCAAAUCAAGGUCUUCAUGGUCACACACAAGGUGGGCCAGUGCCGGUGCCAGUGCCAGUGCCGGGACCUCCGCCAGGACCUCCUGGUCCCCCAUCCUCUCAAUAUGGGAUAGGCCUUGGCCCUCAAACACCCAUACAGCAAGGAGUGGUGACCCCUGUGAUAAACCAGGGCCCUGGACCGGUGAUAGGAGACAGGGGACAGGGGAGCAUUGACAGAAGCUACAUGGACGGAGGUCAUUUGGAAAGAGGUCCAGUUCUGCCAGAAAAUGAUGACCGAGAAAGAAGUCAUGGGGAACAAGACCGGGUCCCUAGGGGCCCAAUGAUGAUGGAGAAUGGGUCUAGAGGGACAAUCGAUGGUGGUCCAAGAAGCAUGGGUGACAGACCUCAGGAAGGGGGAUCCAUAGGGGCAGCAGGUCAAGACAGAGGAUCACAGGGGGUCUCAGAUAUAACACGGCCACAGGUUCCAAGCUCAUCGCUGCAGCAUGGUCCACGGGGCCCUCCAAUGACCGGAAUGGAACCCAGACCUCCACAGCCACUGGCACCACCAGGACAACGUGAGAUCCGUCUUCCACAUGCUCUUGAGAAGGUUCUUGAGUUCAAAACCAUGCGAGCUCAAGAGUUUGGCUUUGAUGCAGAAACUCCAGAAGGAGAAGAUAACAAAGAUGAACUCCUAAAAGAACUUCAAGAGGAUGCCGAUGAAAUAUUUGAUGAUGAAGGUGUUGAUGACUCUGGUGAUGUUGAAGUAAAUGGUGUUGAACCUGCUGACAAAGAUUCAAAGAAUAAAAGAAAGAAGAAGAAGAAAAAGCGAGCAAAGAAACAGAAGAAACAGCCAAGAGAAACCAAACCUGACAAAGAAACUGAGAAGAGACCAGAGGAGGAAGUGCAUAUUGAAUAUGUACAAGAACAGCUGGAGCUCGAUCCAACAGAUCCAAAUUAUCAUACCUUUGCCAAAAUUUUUGAAGCAUUUAAGAUCACAGAAGCUGAGAAAGCAGCAGAAAAACCAGCAGAAAAGAAGGAAGUGCCAAAAGCAGAUCUUCCUGUGAAAUCACGUAUUUUUGAUGAUGAUGAAGAUGCAGAAGAGAAAGUGGUAACAGAUGAAGACACAGCAAAGAUUUCAAAAAAAAAGCUAAAAAAACUGACCAGGCUGAGUGUAGCCCAGCUGAAACAGCUUGUAACCAGACCUGAUGUUGUGGAGAUGCAUGAUGUAACAGCACGUGACCCACGUUUGUUAGUGCAUCUUAAAGCUACUCGUAACACAGUUCCAGUGCCUCGCCACUGGUGUUAUAAGCGCAAAUAUCUUCAGGGUAAAAGAGGUAUAGAGAAACCUCCUUUUGAGUUACCAGACUUUAUCCGUGCCACUGGUAUAGAGGACAUGAGGGCUGCAUUGCAAGAAAAGGAAGAACAGAAGAAUCUGAAAGCCAAAAUGAGAGAAAAAGUACGACCCAAGCUUGGCAAAAUCGACAUUGACUACCAGAAGUUGCACGAUGCCUUCUUCCGUUUCCAGACUAAACCUAAAAUGACUAUCCAUGGAGACCUGUACUAUGAGUCUAAAGAGUUUGAGACGAGACUAAAGGAGAAGAAGCCAGGAAACCUGACUGACGACUUGCGGGUCGCCCUGGGUAUGCCUGUGGGAAUGAAUGCAGAAAGAGUGCCUCCACCCUGGCUUAUUGCUAUGCAGCGUUAUGGUCCACCCCCUUCCUACCCCAAUCUUAAGAUACCUGGACUUAAUGCUCCUAUUCCAGAGGGUUGUUCCUUUGGUUAUCAUGCCGGGGGAUGGGGUAAACCUCCUGUAGAUGAGAUGGGCAAACCUCUCUAUGGUGAUGUCUUUGGUACCCAGGGUGGAGAAUUUUCGAAAAUUUUGGAAGAAGAGGAUGUGGAUAAAUCAUUAUGGGGAGAGCUAGAAUCGGAGUCAGAGUCAGAGUCAGAAUCAGAAGAGGAAGAAGAAGAGCAGGACGACUCCGGGCUGGUGACACCAGCUGAGGGGUUAGUAACACCAAGUGGCCUGACAUCAGUUCCGGUGGGCGUAGAAACACCAGACAUGAUUGAACUGCGCAAACGGCGUAUAGAAGAUGCUAUGGACCAAGGAGGGGACACCCCAGCUCUCUAUACUGUACUUCCUGAGAAAAAGACCACUGUUGGCGCAGCCAUGAUGGGUUCUGCUCACAUAUAUGACAUGUCAGCUGUGCAAACAGUGAAGAAAGGAGGGGAGAAGGGAGGAACAGCAGAAGGGGUAGAAGUAACACUGAACCCAGAAGAACUUGACCUUGACACAGCGGCAAUGCAGGCCAAGUAUGACGAGACUGUGAGGGAGCAACAGUCACAGCUAGAGAAGGAGGAUCUGUCUGAUAUGGUGGCUGCUCAUGCUGCCAAACAACGGAAACGCAAGAAGCAGCAGGCAGAUAGCAGCAAGUCUGGAAAACGAUACAAAGACUUUAAAUUUUAAUUGUUCUGGCAGCUGGCAGCAAAAUGGAGAAAUUAGAACUACAUUUGCUGUUAUUUGUUAACAUGUUAUCAUUUUUGUAUCUGUUUUGGGACAUAUUUCAGAAUUCACUUUUAACAGUCAUUUUACCCUUUGCAACAUAAGAACUUUUGAGGGAGAUGGACUCGUAGACUUGAUGGACAAACAGCAGGAAACAUGUUUAUGUAUGUCAGUUAUGUGGUAACCAUUUCUCUGCCAUCCUUUACCAUUAGAAUAGACCAUUAAAAAAAAGUCAGCUGUGUGUGUUUUGUUAUCAGAAGAACUACUUUAUCCGUAAAGUAAGAGAAUAAAAAUGUCUGUCAUUAAAAUAAAAAUUGUGCAUAAGGUUCUGAGUUCAUUUUCUAAUAAAUGCAUUAUAAAUAAUUA